AGGAAUCUUUUGGAUUUGGAGGAGGGGCAAGAGCGCGAGGGUAGUCGGGCGGGAAGAGGCAAAAUAGGUUUACGGCGCGCGGCGUUUCGGUUCCUGUAUUUAGAGUCGCACGGCUCGGGAACUGCAGUUGCACGAGGUGAAAGCGGGAUUCCCAGUUCCCAGGGCUACUUCUGAGCAGUAGAUGUUACAAGUACUCCCUGAACAACCAGUUCCAAAUCCUGUCGCCAAAUCCUAUGCUCCUGUUCCAAAUGGUAACAGAUACAUAAUUUUUAUUUAAAAGAAAUGAGUGUAACUAGUAUUGCAUUAAGAGUUGAAACCUGGCUUUUAGCUACAUGGCAUGUAAAAGUACCGCUAUUGUGGCUGGAAGCUUGUAUUCACUGGAUCCAAGAAGAAAAUGAUAAUAUUAAUUUGAGUCAGGCACAAAUAAAUAAACAAGUUUUUGAGCAAUGGCUCCUUACCGAUCUGAAAGAUUUGGAGCUUCCUCUUUUACCUGAUGGCAUUUUAGAAGUUCCAAAAGGAGAACUGAAUGGAUUUUUUGCUCUGCAGAUUAAUUCAUUGGUUGAUGUAAGUCAACCUGCAUAUUCCCAGAUACAAAAGUUGAGAGGAAAGAAUACUAUGAAUGAGCUAAUUACAGCUGAAACACAAGUAACUCCAAAGCCUUGGGAAGCAAAGCCUUCACGAAUGUUGAUGCUACAGCUAACUGAUGGAAUUGUACAAGUGCAGGGAAUGGAAUAUCAGCCUAUUCCAUCUCUUCAUAGUAAUCUUCCUCCAGGCACAAAAAUUUUGAUUUAUGGCAUCGUUUCUUUCCGCCUUGGUGUUCUCUUACUGAAACCAGAAAAUGUGAAGGUGUUGGGAGGAGAAGUAGAUGCUCUUUUAGAGGAAUAUGCCCAAGAAAAAGUACUUGGAAGAUUAAUUGGGGAACCUGAUCCUGUAGUUUCAAUCAUACCAAAUAAUUCUAACCAAAGCAUUCCCAGAAAUACAGAUGAUCUAGAUCUUGUGUUAGGACCUUCUGAUGAAGAACUCUUGGCAAGUCUUGAUGAAAAUGAUGAGCUUGCAGCAAUUAAUGCCACCUCCUUGGAAAGAAGAUACUUUAGCACAGGUAGUUCCUCAAAUGCUAUUCCCACAAGACAGUCGGGUUUUGAACCAGGACUUGUUAUUUCUCCAAGACCAAAGGAGAAACCACCAAAUCAAUCUGUGCAUUUCACUGAUGGGGAAUUAGAUGACUUUUCAUUGGCAGAGGCCUUGCUUUUAGAAGAAGCUGCCCAGGAAGAAAAAAUGAACACUAAAGAAUUGCAGCCAUUGACUUUGAACAGAAUCACAGAUGAAAAUAUAGUGAGAUCUUCACCUGAGCCUAAUGCUCUGAAUAAUUUUUCUGUGAUUUGCAAAAAUGGUGACAAUUGGAGUGAAAAAAAUUUAUCUGAACAGAUGACUAAUGAAGACAAAUCUUUUAGUUGUUUAUCUCCUAUAGAUCACAACAGUAGUGUUUUUUCAGUUCAUGAUAAUAUACACCUGUACCAUGACUUUACAAAUAAAGAAAAGAACUCAGAGAUAGGGGAUAAAGUAAAACAAACCAUCAGCAGUUCAGAUAUACAUUCCUUAAAUAAUAAAAUUUUAAAUGAAGAACUAGUUAAUUAUGUACCAAGAAGAAAUUCACAAAUUUCUAAUGAAAAUGAUCACCAUUUUCAGCAUUGUUCUCCAAGAUCAUCAGAGGACAGCACUAAUCUUUCUAUCACCAUGGAUUUGUAUUCUCCCCCCUUUAUCUAUUUGUCUGUUCUAAUGGCCAGCAAACCAAAGAAAGUUGUAACAGUAAAAGUCAAAGCCUUUAUUGUAACCUUAACUGGAAACCUCUCAAGUUCUGGUGGCAUAUGGAGUAUAGCAGCAAAGAUUUCUGAUGGUACUGCAUAUCUAGAUGUAGACUUUGUAGAUGAAAUACUUACUAGUUUGAUAGGGUUUUCAGUACCAGAGAUGAAAAAGUUAAAAAAAGAACCUGUUCAGUACCAAAAAUUCAUGGAAGGUUUGCAGAAAUGUCAGCGAGAUCUAAUAGAUUUGUGCUGUCUAAUGACUAUUUCAUUUAAUCCCUCCUUGUCUAAAGCAAUGGUACUGGCAUUAGCAGAUGUUAAUGUGGAACACCUUGAGAACCUAAAGAAGCGAUUGAAUAAAUAAUUUACUAAAAUAGUAAUAGAAAACAAUGAAAUAUUUAGAAUUUGUCCUUUUAUUUGAAACUUUUUGUAAAAGGGACAAUGGAAGUUUCAUGAUUUCAAUUUAAAAGUGUUAAUCAUGUUUGUGUGUUUAGGUUUUCUUAAUAAAAUUUUUAUAGCAACUAUUAAAAAAGGAA